AUGGAGUUCGAGAAGGCGUGGGAGGACAGAAACCCGCGGAAAGCCUAUGCUCUACUAAAAGAGUAUAGCGGCAAAAUGAAAAGAUGUUCCCCUGUCCUCAACACUGCCAAUGGGGUAGCUGUCGGUGAAGCAACCCUUCCAAUUUGGAAGGAACACUUCAAGCCCUUGCUGAACCGGCUAGCACCGUUAACUCCUGAACUCGAACACGUUCAUAGACCGACAUAUGCGGUUAACGAGGAGCCACCGACCGAGUCGAAAGUCCUGGUCUGUAUUCAAAAAAUGAAGAAUGGAAAACCUGGCGGAGACGACGGGAUUAGCGCAGAAAUGCUAAAAUAUCUUCCUCCGUCUGGGAUUCAUGAGGUGACAAAGAUCAUCCGUUCAAUAUGGAUAGACAAAAGGAUACCUGAUUCGUGGAGACACGCUAUCAUAAUUCCCCUCCACAAGAAGUUAUCCGUCACGGACCCCAGGAAUUAUCGAGGAAUCUCUUUGCUGCGUGCUAUGUACAAGGUACUGGAGCGCAUUAUCCUGGACCCACUCAUUAAACAUCGUGAAGAAACAACGCGCGACGAGCAAGCUGGCUUUCGUCCUGGCCGAUAUACGAUUGACCAGGUGUUCAUCGUCAGGAGAGUGAUCGAAAUCUGGCAGCGGUAUUCGAAGCCAAUGCAAGUAGCGUUUCUGGACUUCGAAGCCGCGUUCGACUCUCCUCACCGAGGCCGUCUUCUCAACGCGCUCCGCGCCGAUGGAGUACCAGGAAAGUUCGUUCGCUUGCUUGAUGACAUGAAUCAACGAACAACUGCUGCAGUUCGAACACCAGCAGGAUGUACAACACCGUUUGAAGUGGUAACUGGAGUAAGACAAGGGGCAGUGGCAGGACCUUUCCUGUUCAAUUUCGCAAUCGACGACAUUAUGCGAAGAACAGUCGACCAGUGUCCUGCCGACAUUGUCUUAGCACCAUCAGGGUGCCCCUUGACUGACCUCGAGUACGCCGAUGAUGUCGUUAUAUUUGCGGAAAGCAGUACGGAACUUCAACAUGUUGUCAACCUUGUGUCGAAGCUGGCUUCAGCCUGUGGACUACGCCGACGCCCUGAUAAAUGCAAGCAGAUGUGGAUCUCUUCGAGACCACGAACGGGAAUCAGGAUGGACGGACAACCGAUAGAACUCGUCGAUGAGUUCUGUUACCUAGGCUGUACGCUGAAGAACAAUUUGCAGCUACAAGAGAGAUGUUCAGCUAAGAUGCGCUAA